UAGAUGUUUCCAUGAUCACAAAUUAUCUUCAAUCCAUUGUUAAUUGUUGCUAUGAUGAUAACUAAGAGGAAGAGUGAUUCCAUUCAGGUGAUAGAUCUAAUGACCAAGAGGAUCGAAAGCAGCAACUGUUCAAUUGCCAGUAAUUUUCGAGUCAACUUGGUAUAACAGUUUAUUUUUUUUUUCGAUUACCAUUGAGAUAACCAGAUAGCAGCAGUGACAACAAUGUUUACUCUUUUUGUUCUUUCGUCUGUCUUAAGCUUUUCAUUGGUUAAUUGUUCACCUGAUUUUGGACAAUUCAACAUUUCUUGUGACAAUGAUAGACCCGUUAUUGGUGUGCUGUCCUUACCUUCUUGGGAUGAGAUCAAACAAGUUGAAGAUAACCGUUCAUCAUACAUUGUGGCCAGUUAUGUUAAAUUUCUAGAAUCCGCUGGAGCUCGAGUUAUCCCUGUGCUUCCUGGUCAUGAUGAGGCCUAUUACCAAGAAAUGGUCAAUUUAACUAAUGGAUUUCUGUUCACUGGCGGUGGACUUUGGCUCAGCACUUCAAUGUAUACAACUGCUGCUUCUUACAUAUGGAAACAUGCCUUGAAACUAAAUUCAGAAGGAGAUUUCUAUCCCAUUUGGGGAACAUGUCUUGGAUUAGAGUUGAUAGCAUAUUUAGCAAAUGAUUUAGUCUGGCCUUUGACUAAUUGCUCUUCCUGGGAUGCUCCAUUGAAACUCAAUUUCAGUAUGAACUCUCAAGAACUUAAAUCAACCAGCCUAUUCAGUGGAUCAGAUGAAUCUAUUAUUGAGAUCUUGAGUAAAGAAAAUGUUACGAUCAACUACCAUCAUCAAUGUUUAACUCCUGAAACAGUAGAAUCAAGCAAAUUGGCUCAAAGUUUUCGCAUUUUAUCAACAAAUAAAGAUAAAAGAGGAAUUGAAUUCGUGUCCAUCAUGGAGGGAAAAACUUUACCUGUAUAUCUUGUCCAAUUUCACCCUGAACGAGUUUUGUUCGAGCCCAACUAUAUAAAAUCUUUCAAGAGAACACCCCAUUCAGCCAAUGCAGUCAAAGUCUCUCAAUAUUUUGCUAAUUUCUUCGUAAAUCAAGCUAGAAAAAAUUGUCACAUCUAUCCCAACACCGAUGAAUAUCAUGCGAAAUUGAUUUAUAAUUAUUGCCCACAAUUCAGUGGCCUUGAAGGUGGGCAUGAGCAAACCUAUUACUUCAAAUGGUGAAAUCUAAAGAGUGUCAACCAGUCAUGUGUUAGUCAAUUUAAAAAUGAAUUAAUUAGCCAAUUUGAUAAUUAAUAAAGACCUUGAUCAUCGUUCAUCAUAAAAUUUUCAAUUCCCGGAUAAAUAAACAUAAACCAGUAAAAUCAACAUUAGAUGGCGCUCGCAGCAGCUGUUACAUAAACUAUUGACUAGUUGAGACGCGCUUCAUUCAAAUUAAACAAUUGACAACUGAAACAAAUUGGAACAAUUCUAACCUCAACAACGCAUUCGCCGAAAAUUUUAAUUCACUGACAUCCGACCAUCAAGCUCUACCUUAAGCUGAUCAGUAUAAAAGUAUUUCCAACCAAAAUUACAUCGGAUUUAGAGACAAAUUUACCGAAAGAUUUUGAGAUUGCUCGAGAAAUAGCGUCUAUUCCGGUUUUAUCCCAAUGACUACAAAUUUUGUAGGCUUCUGAGAUUUUAUUUAAAGAUCUACUGAUUUGGAUUGUCGAUUGAAUCACAAGAUAAUUUAUUUGAGCAAAAAGAAACUUGAAGACAUUUAAAUGGUGAAAGUGUCAAAAAUGGUUACUGUAACUAGAAACUAUCAAGAUUCAUGACAAUAUUGAAUUAGCACGAGAUGAGGUAUAAUUGACAAGAUAUUAAUGUUAAUGUUAAUAAUACCAAAAUAAAUCAGCUGCUAAUCAGCAUUAAGCAUCA